AUGGGUGUACGGUCAACUUCACAGGAAAUUACUAGAGAGACCAAAGAAAGAAGGUCACAUUCUAGCUCUUCCUCUACAAGUUUAGUGACUUCUUUGAUGAAAUCCUGGAGGAUUUCAUCAUCAAGUUCAUCAGGUUCAUCAAGUAAACCUUCAAAUAAAUCAUCCCAAUCAUUUUCUGGAAAUCCAACAACUGGAACAUAUAACGAUACAAUGUACAAUAAUCAUAGUCAUACAAACGAUAAUAAUACAAACCAACAACAUCGUCCUAGUAACGAACAUGGACUUUAUUCUCUCUCUACUGCGAAUAAUUCUGAUGGUAAUUUUGAUGCAAUGUCAAAACAACAGAAUAGUACAAAUAAAUCCAUAACAUCACCUGCUAAUACAUAUUCUCCAUUAAGAUACUCAAGUCCAUCAUCUAGUCAAAUUGAAAGUCCUAGGGCAUCCGUUCUAAGACAACAACAUUACAAACAUUCCCAUCAUAAUCAAUUAUAUUAUCAACAUAACAAUAGUAGUAAUAUUAGCGAACAUUCAACAACUCACAAGAAAUCCAGUGAUAAAUAUUUUGAGGAUCUAGAUGAAGAUUGGAGUGCAGUAAUAGAUAAUUAUAAUAUGCCAAUUCCAAUGUUAACUAAUGGUGGUAAUGGGAAAUCCUCAGUAUCUCAUAAUACUCAAAGUAAUGAUCCGAAGAAUAACCUUUCACGGACUUCAACUGCUUCAUCGAUAGCUACUAGUAUUACAUCAACAACAUUAACGCAGGGUCAAUCUUUACAAUAUCCACAAUUACCAAACCUUAAUACUAUGGAUGCUAUUGAUCUCCAAAAGAGUCAAGAAGAGAUAGAAAAUGAACGUGAAGUUCAGGAAUUAAACUCAAUAAUGCAAAGAAUAACAAAAUUUGACAAUAUUAUCAAAGGUAAACAUAUUAUUAAUUUACAAGAGCUACGACAACUGAGUUGGAAUGGUAUACCUAAGCCACAUAGACCUAUUGUAUGGAAAUUAUUAAUAGGUUAUUUACCAGCAAAUACUAAAAGACAAGAAUCUCUUUUGAAGAGAAAAAGACAAGAAUACUCUGAAGGUUUAAAACACACAUUUUCUGAUGAACAUUCGAGAGAUAUUCCAACUUGGCAUCAGAUAGAAAUUGAUAUCCCUAGAACAAAUCCUCAUAUCCCAUUGUAUCAGUUUAAAUCUGUCCACGAUAGUCUUCAAAGGAUUCUAUAUCUUUGGGCAAUAAGACAUCCAGCAAGUGGUUAUGUCCAAGGUAUUAAUGAUUUAGUGACACCAUUUUUUCAAACUUUUUUAACAGAGUAUCUUCCGCCAUCUAAAAUUGAUACUGUCGAAGUAACAGAUCCAAACUCAUACUUGACAGAAGACCAGAAAGAACACCUAGAGGCUGAUACAUUUUGGUGUUUAACAAAAUUCUUGGAACAAAUUACCGACAAUUACAUUCAUGGUCAACCAGGGAUCUUAAAACAAGUGAAAAAUUUGAGCCAAUUAGUGAAAAGAAUUGAUUUAGAUCUAUAUAAACAUUUCGAGAAUGAACAUGUAGAGUUUAUUCAAUUUGCAUUCAGAUGGAUGAAUUGUUUGUUAAUGAGAGAAUUUCAGAUGGAUACUGUGAUAAGAAUGUGGGAUACAUAUCUUGCAGAGACAUCGCCAGAAACUACAUCAAGUUUCGCGACACCUAAUCAAUUGAGCACAAACAACGAUGUGCUAUUAUCACCGCAUACUCCUGUUUCAAGAAAACCAGCCAUGUUUGGAACACCCAACGCAGACCUUACAUCACCAAUGUCCUCCACUAAUAGAUCAAAUAUGGGUGUGCAAAGCGGUGCUUCUCCAGCAGGUGUGUCAUCGUCAGAUGACUCAUCGACCAGGUUUAGUAAUACUUCACUCAACGAAUUUCACGUAUUUGUCUGUGCUGCUUUUCUAAUUAAAUGGAGUGAUGCACUAUGCGAUAUGGACUUCCAAGGUAUUAUUACAUUUCUACAAAAUCCUCCCACAAAAGAUUGGACUGAAACUGACAUAGAGAUGCUACUGAGUGAAGCGUAUAUAUGGCAAUCAUUAUACAAGGAUGCGACAUCGCAUUGGUUGAAAUAA